AUGACGAACAGACGUCCGAUGCUUGCCCCAGCAAACUUAUUCCCAGGUUUAAACGAUAUUUCAGACACCUUGGAACAGUUCCCUAUGGAAACCUCAAGAUAUGUCACAUUACUUCAUGAGAUUGAGGCAAAAUGUGUCCAUUCUGUACCGUUACUUAACGGUUUGAUUGAUAAAUUUAUAAGUACAGAGGAUGAGGAACAUUCUUUGAAGGAGAAACAGCUAACGGAAAUUAACACUGUUUUUGAUGAAUUAAUGCCAUCAUUGGAGGAAAAAAUGCAUGUUUCUUCUUUGAUGGUGGAUAGUUUGGAACAGUUGACUAAUAGGUUGGAAUUAGCUUAUGAAGUGGUCUUGAGAAAUGAGGAAAUUCCUAAGAAGUUAAGGUUAGGUGGUGAUAAUCAUCCUGCUAUGCAUUUACAUUAUGAACUGAUGGAAAAAGUGGAUACGAAAGGGAACGCUAAAUCAUCACAAGCUUUGAAAAGUGAAUCCAGAAGAGAAGCUAUGGCAGCUAACAAGAAGGGUAAUGAUGGAAACCCAAUAACCUCAAAUCGUCAAAUUGAUGAUAAUGAAGGUCAGAAUCAAAGGAAGAGAACCAAUGGUGCUAACGGCUCAACAGCAGGUAGUACCAAUGGACCAGAACAGAAAAAACGUAGGCGUCGGGCCAACAACCUUACAACAAUUGCAUUUGAAGGCCCAACACCUGCUGGUGUGAAAAGUAACAGAGUCAAUCAAGAGAAUGUUACCACUACGACUACCACUCCAAAUAACGGUCUCAAAACCAAUGAAUAUGGAGAGCCAUUAUAUUGUUAUUGUAACCAAGUAGCAUAUGGGGAAAUGGUGGGUUGUGAUGGUGCAGAUUGUGAGUUAGAAUGGUUUCAUCUUCAAUGUAUUGGAUUAGAGACAAUACCCAAGGGUAAAUGGUAUUGCGAUGAUUGUAAAAGGAAACUUAAAGAACAUUGA